CCUCAGCGACGGCAGAGAAAAUAAAUACACUUACAUUCGCAUUACUGGCGCAAUUCGUCAAGCUGGAGUUAAGUUGCAAGGAGCCGCAUCCAUAUUCAAAAAGACAGCGAAAAGUUGUCCUUAUGAAACGUCGUAAAGGGAACCUAAAGAUGAGAUUAGGUGUGCGCAGCGUUGAUUUGUUUAUUAAACCUUCGUGAAACCUUCUCACGUGAUUUGACGUCGCUGUCGUUGUUUAGUAAACUCUGUAUUGUUUCUUUUUCUCUCCUGAUGCCAUUUUUCUUAGCCAUACCAAAGGAAUUCAUUGACCUGCCUUAUUCCUCAGUCCCACGUGUCUGUUUGUGCUUAUUUCUUAUUUUUGAUCAUUGUUUAAUACGAAAUCUGUAUGUCCUGACUUGAAUCCGGUACUGGAACUUUUUUGUUUUUUUUAUCACAGCUGCAACUUAAAGACUUACUUUGCAACGCUGGAUUUCCUGAUGGUAUGUUUUUACUCUUUUUUGUUCUUUUUUUCCUUUCUUUCUCGUUUCUAUUGUUUUCUGAAUUGUCUUAUAUUUAUCACGUGAAAAGAAAAGAGGAAACAUAGUUCUUCGUCUACCACGUUCCGGAUCUAACACAAGUCUAGAAUUGUUUUUGAGGAGAGAAGAAGACUGGGGUACCCGGAGAAAAACCCUCGGAACAUCUGCUUUCGUGCUGCCCAACACGAAAGCAGAUGCUACUUUUGUCGCCUCACACGUCCACUGUAGUAUUAUCUGUGUUUUAUUUUAUUUAUUUCAGUUGUUAAGAAAUCUGUAUUUAUGGCGUCAUCUCCGAGAUUUGAACCGGACCAAUCCUUUUUAUGAACACUUUUGAUAAGAGGAAACUAUUCGUAAUCUCGUCGUUGUCAGACUGGAAGAACGGAGGGACUUUAAGCCACCUAACCCUCUUGAUUAAAAUUGUCCAGGUCGGAAGUGGGUGAGAAAUGUCCAAGCACACGUAAACUGUUCUAUAUCCUCAAUGCCACGUGCCAUCCCAGAUUGGAGCCAUCUAUUCCCCUCAUACGUUCGAGUCCUCCCUUAUUCAGAACCCAGGACCUACUAUAGACAUCAUUGAAAAAGCUACCACUAUGACUUAAUAACUGCCUACAGCGUGCCUCUAUAUCCCACUAUGGCAGGUUUUAGCAGUUUCGAUCUUGAUUUAUAUUUAAAACAGCCUAGAAAGGAAAUGUUGUUAUCAAAGAUGGCAGGUGUUGUUACUAACCUAACGUCGCUUCAAUCUUGAAUCAGAAUGCAUGCAUCCUCAACCAUUCAACUACAGUGGACCAGAUUCCAAGCUCGAUAUGGUAAGAAUAAUUUACUAAUAACAGAACACACAAUACUGAAAUAUCACAGUGUCUCGUUAACCAUCUCAAAAGUUCUCUGCAAAGGCCUUAAGAUAUCAGUUUUUUCGGUGCCAAAGAUAGUGAUGGAACGGUGGCUCUCUAAAGUUUGAGUCUGUCGGUGAAAUCAUGUAGCUUCAUGUGGUGUGAUCGUACAAAAGAAACUCCUUUAACGGUGUUUUCACAUGCAGACUGUUUACGUUCUCCCAUGUUUCGUUAGAUCUUCAGGAUCGAGCGCUUAACGAUAUAGACGGCCUUCGGGUAAAAGUAGGGGGGUGUGAAAAGUCACAUGGUACUAUUUAUUUAGUACGUAGUUCUAACUUUUAAGUCUGUGGUUGAAAUCGUAUGAUGUAAUAGUACAUAGUUCUAACUUUUGGGUUUGUUGUUGAAGUUCUGUGGUGUGACCAUUCAAAUGAAACCUCUUCAGUAGCAUGGUACUAUUAAAAUAGUAUAUAGUUCUAACGUUUGAGUUUGUUGGUGAAUUCCUGUGGUGUGACCAUUCAAAUGAAACCCCUUUGAACGCAGCACUUUUACUGGCUGCUAUUUGUUUUUAAUGACUUUAUCCACUGAAAUUGAGAUUUUUGUUAAAAAAAAAAGGUUCAAAGGUUUGUUUAUAGUGGAAAGUGCACUUAGCUUAUCCAGCUAGUUUACAGCACUCCACUCAAAUACCUAGAAACAAAUAAUUCAAAUACAACAUAACGGGAUUAAACACCCCAACCGGCAGAAGGCAACUAGUUGGUCAUUUUAAAAGCAUGGCCGAGGAUUUGAACUCGGGGCGACCGAGAAAAAAUCCAGCAAGUCGCCAGAGCGGGACUCGAACCCAGGACCGCCAGAUUGCAAGUCCGACGCUCUGACCACUCGGCCACGCUGCCUCCACCAAGUUUUAAGUUUAGACACUUGUGGGGCGUAAAAGGGUUCACACAAAAGCCAUGCGUUCUCUACCGUGGCGCCGGAGUUUUUGUCUUCUUUCUUUACUCCUGAUGAAAUCGCGGUGAAGCCGCGACAGUGAGGCGCGAAACCCCCAAAACAACGAAAACGUCUCAGGAGCCUUAUCGAUCUGCGAACAUGAGAACGGCCCUCCAGAGCUAGGGUGUGCUUUCUUACCCAUGUGUUUGCCUUUAGUUUGGCUGGGUUACUGCUUGACUCGGUGGAACUUUGUUUCAGGUUGUUGCGCUGCUUUGCCUGGGUUUAUACCCUAAUGUUUGUGUUCACCGGGAGAAGCGUAAAGUUCUAACAACUGAAGGAAAAGCUGCCCUCAUUCACAAAUCUUCAGUUAACUGCUCCAACAGGGAACAGACGUUUCCUUCUCCUUUCUUUGUAUUUGGAGAAAAGGUCAGUGUGGGUUAAUUUGCUAGGUAAAUACGUUUCUGUCGUUAACCAGUCAAAUAAGUGUAGAGCACGAUGGUGCAGUUAAGAGACACCCCAUGUUUCGUCAGGGAGACCUGCCAUAGAAAUUUAUUUCCCCUCUCUCGUUUAGAGAUCAUUUUGCCUACGUCAGGUCUAUAUACACCUAAUAAUUGCAAUAACGUUGUCUUAAGAGGAAAAUGAAAAAAAGGGAAAACGCCAAAUAGGAAUUAGUUAAGCUUAAUAAAAAAACACUAUGCUAUUCGUCAAUUUGCAGCAUAGAUGUUAUUAAGGCGUAAUAAACAAUGUAAAUCCAACGGCCGUACGCAUAUGUUGCAAAUGAAUGCAACGUACUGUGGUUUAUUAUUAAGUCUUGUUUAUUCCUAUUUAGCUUUUUACAUUUUCCUUUUGUCCUUUUUGCAUUUUUCUAUGACAACGUUGUUGCAAUUAUGUGUAUAUGAUUUUUUGAGAUUCCAUUUCAUCAUUUUACUAUCUUCAGUUGUGCGAGUGACCCGCGUAUUCAUUAAUGUGUAGUAGUCUCGUCAGUUAUGUUUAUAAAGAGGAAGCAUUGUGUUUAUAAAUGGCAUGCCUACUAGUGAAAGGGGACUGCUAUUUCUGAAUGCUCACAAAUCAUGAAUUUUCUCACGGUCAAACUCGUUAGGUUGUCAUAAUCGGUCACUGAAUGAUGAUGAUGCUAAGUUCGUGAAUUGUUUUUCUGUUGUAGAUUCGUACCCGAGCUGUGUCGUGUAAGCAGAUGACAAUGGUGAAUCCGCUUCAGUUGCUCAUGUUUAGCCAAAGUAAAGUGGAAUCUGAAAAUGGUAUCGUCAGAAUGGACGACUGGUAAGCCGCCACAGCGACGGCCUUGUGCGUAAACACACAGGGUACCCGCCUGACGGCCUUGUACGUAAACGCACAGGAUACCUAGAUGAUGACCUAGAUAAUGUGGCAUGAGAUACCUAGCAGCAUUGCGGCCGACCUUACGAAACCACGGCUUUGUUCACAAGGCACUGGACAAAUUUUCGACCGACUGAAACAUUUCAGCAGACACUCCGUUCACCCUACACCGUUCAAUAGUUUCACUCUGUUUACUCGGAACUUUGAACUGCUAGGCGUCUUAAUUUCCAUACGGUUAAAGUGGCUCUGUAUCAACACAACACCUAAACACACGAAUCGGACGAAAAUUCUUACGGUGCCGUCUGAUUGUAGCCUGCGACAGCGACAGCAACGGGAACGGGAACGCGAACGUUCAAAAAACAAUUGGUUUAGGAAGUAAAAUAACAACUCUGCACGAGUGUUACGCUUUGUUGUAAAUUUCGUUGCCGUCCCCGUACAACUACGUUCUCAACUAACUAAAUUUUAAGUUAACGGAAGAACGGGAACGGCAUGGGGAUAAAUUUUAUUAUCUCUAUCUGAAUUAGGACUUAGUCCCCUCCCUUUAGCUCCAAACAAAUUUCCGUUUUUUUAAAUUAACUUGCAGCUUGGAAUGAUCGCGAAAAAGUUUAAAAAGGAUGCGAGGGGUUUUUUUUGUUUUGGUUUGUUUUUUGGGGGAGGAGGGGGGCGACGUUUUCAUUGUCGAAUCGUAAGGACCCCACUGGUUUCGGCGAUAUACAGCAUAAAAGCUACUAAUGAAAUCGUAACAUGCUCCGGCCGAAUCAUCGGCAUCGGCUCGUGUAUGCCUUGUCCUUUACCGUAAUUUUUUCCUCCAGGUUGCAGUUCCGUUUCGUCCAUCAUCAAGCCGCCAUGAUUGUAGCUCUACGGCACGCGGUGGAUUUCCUUUUAGUUCGUGCUGCCACAACUCCCUCCAUUAUCGCCGAACCAAGUCACAUGGACGAAAAAAUCCUUCAUGUCAUGAAGUCCCUGUCUAGAGCCAAUGCCGGAUGGUUUGGAGUAAACCGCGGCGGGGGAAACCAGUUUCACCAUCGAGGACAUCCCCCAGGGUAAGCUAUGUCACGACAAGCAAAGCAUCUGCGUGCGAGAACAUUCGCGAGCUGGUGUUUCUGUUUGUGGUUUUGUCAAGGACAUUUUCAGAUAGAAAUAUGGCAAGGUGUGAUGUAUUGUCCGUUUAUGUUUAUGAAGUCAAGGUGGCUAAAUAAUGGUCUUUUUGUGAAUACAAAAGAUUGCAAGUUGGGAACUUUUGAGGCGGCUAAUAACUUGGGGGCCAGCUUCAGCAAAUUUUAAAAACUGGGGUAAACAUUUUUAACUCCUUUUACUGACUCAACUACAAUAGUACUCGUACGCUUUUCGUGUAAGAAAAAAGGGACUGAGUCAUGAUUUUUAAAAAGGUUACUGUCAAAUAUUUCUGUGAUAGUAAACCCCUAAAUAUCCACAUGUCACCAGAUACAUCGACAAACAUCAUGGAGCGGGGUCAGAAGCAGUUUUCGAACAGCGCUAAAAGCUGGCGGUUUGUCUUCGUGGAGUUUUUGAAGUUGACCAUUUGCCCUUCCCACGCCUUUAACAAUAAUUUUAAAAAUAAAUUUUAAAAACCCUCGGAACAUCUGCUUUCGUGCUGCCCAACACGAAAGCAGAUGCUACUUUUGUCGCCUCACACGUCCACUGUAGUAUUAUCUGUGUUUUAUUUUAUUUAUUUCAGUUGUUAAGAAAUCUGUAUUAGUGGACUUUUAUGUUUCAAUUGUUGUAUAAAUAGUGUGAACCACUAACACACUCAAGACAAAUGGCGUCAUCUCCGAGAUUUGAACCGGACCAAUCCUUUUUAUGAACACUUUUGAUAAGAGGAAACUAUUCGUAAUCUCGUCGUUGUCAGACUGGAAGAACGGAGGGACUAUAAGCCACCUAACCCUCUUGAUUAAAAUUGUCCAGGUCGGAAGUGGGUGAGAAAUGUCCAAACACACGUAAACUGUUCUAUAUCCUCAAUCCCACUUGCCAUCCCAGAUUGAAGCCAUCUAUUCCCCUCAUACGUUCGAGUCCUCCCUUAUUCAGAACCCAGGACCUACUACAGACAUCAUUGAAAAAGCUACCACUAUGACUUAAUAACUGUGCACAGCGUGCCUCUACUUCCCACUAUGGCAGGUUUUAGCACUUUCGAUCUUGAUUUAUAUUUAAAAAAGCCUAGAAAGGAAAUGUUGUUAUCAAAGAUGGCAGGCAAGUGUUGUUACUAACCUAACGUCGCUUCAAUCUUGAAUCAGAAUGCAUGCAUCCUCAACCAUUCAACUACAGUGGACCAGAUUCCAAGCUCGAUAUGGUAAGAAUAAUUUACAAAUAACAGAACACACAAUACUGAAAUAUCACAGUGUCUCGUUAACCAUCUCAAAAGUUCUCUGCAAAGGCCUUAAGAAAUCAGUUUUUUCAGUGCCAAAGAUAGUGAUGGAACAGUGGCUCUCUAAAGUUUGAGUCUGUCGGUGAAAUCAUGUAGCUUCAUGUGGUGUGAUCGCACAAAAGAAACUCCUUUAACGGUGUUUUCACAUGCAGAUUGUUCACGUUCUCCCAUGUUUCGUUAGAUCGCUUAACGAUAUAGGCGGGCUUCGGGUAAAAGUCACAUGGUACUAUUUAUUUAGUAUGUAGUUCUAACUUUUAAGUCUGUGGAUGAAAUCCUAUGAUGUAAUAGUACAUAGUUCUAACUUUUUAGUUUGUUGUUGAAGUUCUGUGGUGUGACCAUGCAAAUGAAACCUCUUCAGUAGCAUGGUACCAUUAAAAUAGUAUAUAGUUCUAACGUUUGAGUUUGUUGGUGAAUUCCUGUGGUGUGACCAUUCAAAUGAAACCCCUUUGAACGCGGCACUUAACUGGCUGCUAUUUGUUUUUAAUGACUUUAUCCACUAAAAUUGAGAUUUUUGUUUAAAAAAAAGGUUCAAAGGUUUGUUUAUAGUGGAAAGUGCACUUAGCUUAUCCAGCUAGUUUACAGACACUCCACUCAAAUACUUAGAAACAAAUAAUUCAAAUACAACAUAACAGGAUUAAACACCCCAACCCAGCAGAAGGCAACUAGUUGGUCAUUUUAAAAGCAUGGCCGAGGAUUUGAACUCAGGGCGACCGAGAACAAAUCCAGCAAGUCGCCAGAGCGGGACUCGAAUCCAGGACCGCCAGAUUGCGAGUCCGACGCGCUGACUACUUGGCCACGCUGCCUCCACCAAGUUUUAAGUUUAGACACUUGUGCGGCGUAAAAGGGUUCACACAAAAGCCAUGCGUUCUCUACCGUGGCGCCAGAGUUUUUGUCUUCUUUCUUUACUCCUGAUGAAAUCGCGGUGAAGCCGCAACAGUGAGGCGCGAAACCCCAAAAACAACGAAAACGUCUCAGGAGCCUUAUCGAUCUGCGAACAUGAGAACGGCCCUCCUGAGCCAGGGUGUGCUUUCUUACCCAUGUGUUUGUCUUUAGUUUGGUUGGGUUACUGCUUGACUCGGUGGAACUUUGUUUCAGGUUGUUGCGCUGCUUUGCCUUGGUUUAUACCCUAAUGUUUGUGUUCACCGGGAGAAGCGCAAAGUUCUAACAACUGAAGGAAAAGCUGCUCUCAUUCACAAAUCUUCAGUUAACUGCUCCAAUAGGGAACAGACGUUUCCUUCUCCUUUCUUUGUAUUUGGAGAAAAGGUCAGUGUGGGUUAAUUUGCUAGGUAAAUACGUUUCUGUCGUUAACCAGUCAAUUAAGUGUAGACCACGAUAGUGCAGUUAAGAGACACUCCAUGUUUCGUCAGGGAGAAGUGCCAUAGAAAUUUAUUUCCCCUCUCUCGUUUAGGGAUAAUUUUGCCUACUUACGUUCUAUAUACACCUAAUAAUUGCAAUAACGUUGUCUUAGAAAAUUGUUAAGAGGAAAUAUGAAAAAAAAGGAAAACGUCAAAUAGGAAUUAGUUAAGCUUAAUAAAAAACCACUAUGCUAUUCGUCAAUUUGCAGCAUAGAUGUUUUUAAGGCGUAAUUACCAAUGUAAAUCCAGCGGCCGUACGCAUACGUUGCAAAUGAGUGCAACGUAUAGUGGUUUAUUAUUAAGUCUUAAGUCCUAUUUAGCUUUUUACAUUUUCCUUUUUUCCUUUUUGCAUUUUUCUAUGACGGUAGUUGCAAUUAUGUGUAUAUGAUUCUUUGAGACUCCAUUUCAUCAUUUUACCAUCUUCAGUUGUGUAGCGAGUGACCCGCGUAUUCAUUAAUGUGUAGUAGUCUCGUCAGUUAUGUUUAUAAAGAGGAAGCAUUGUGUUUAUAAAUGACAUGCCUACUAGUGAAAGGGGACUGCUAUUUCUGAAUGCUCACAAAUCAUGAAUUUUCUCACGGUCAAACUCGUUAGGGUGUCAUAAUCGGUCAUUGAAUGAUGAUGAUGCUAAGUUCGUGCAUUGUUUUUCUGUUGUAGAUUCGUACCCGAGCUGUGUCGUGUAAGCAGAUGACAAUGGUGAAUCCGCUUCAGUUGCUCAUGUUUAGCCAAAGUAAAGUGGAAUCUGAAAAUGGCAUCGUCAGAAUGGACGACUGGUAAGCCGCCACAGCGACGGCCUUGUACGUAAACGCACAGGGUACCUAAAUGAUGACCUAGAUAAUGUGGCAUGAGGUACCUAGCAGCAUUGCGGCCGACCUUACGAAACCAAGGCUUUGUUCACAAGGCACUGGACAAAUUUUCGACCGACUGAAACAUUUUAGCAGACACUCCUUUCACCCUACACCAUUCAAUAGUUUCACUCUGUUUACUCGGAACUUUGAACUGCUAGGCGUCUUAAUUUCCGUACGGUUAAAGUGGCUCUGUAUGAACACAACACCUAAAAACACGAAUCGGACGAAAAUUCUUACGGUGCCGUCUGAUUGUAGCCUGUGACAGCGACAGCAACGGGAACGGGAACGCGAACGUUCAAAAAACAAUUGGUUUGUUUUUUUGGGGGGGGAGGGGGGGGGCGACGUUUUCAUUGUCGAAUCGUAAGGACCCCACUGGUUUCGGCGAUAUACAGCAUAAAAGCUACCAAUGAAAUCGUAACAUGCUUCGGCCGAAUCAUCGGCAUCGGCUCGUGUAUGCCUUGUCCUUUACCGUCAUUUUUUAUCCUUCCAGGUUGCAGUUCCGUUUCGUCCAUCAUCAAGCCGCCAUGAUUGUAGCUCUACGCCACGCGGUGGAUUUCCUUUUAGUUCGUGCUGCCACAACUCCCUCCAUUAUCGCCGAACCAAGUCACAUGGACGAAAAAAUCCUUCAUGUCAUGAAGUCCCUGUCUAGAGCCAAUGCCGGAUGGUUUGGAGUAAACCGCGGCGGGGGAAACCAGUUUCACCAUCGAGGACAUCCCCCAGGGUAAGCUAUGUCACGAAAAGCAAAGCAUCUGCGUGCGAGAACAUUUCAUUUUGCGAGCUGGUGUUUUUGUUUGUGAUUUUGCCAGGGACAUUUUCAGAUGGAAAUAUGGCAAGUUGUAAUAUAUUGUCCUUUUAUGUUUAUGAAGUCAAGGUGGCUAAAUAAUGGUCUUUUUAUGAAUACAAAAGAUUGCAAGUUGCGAACUUUUGAGGCGGCUAAUAACUUGGGGGCCAGCUUCAGCAACUUUUAAAAACUGGGGUAAACAUUUUUAACUCCUUUUACUGACUCAACUACAAUAGUACUCGUAAGCUUUUCGUGUAAGAAAAAAGGGACUGAGUCGUGAUUUUUAAAAAGCUUACUGUCAAAUAUUUCUGUGAUAGUGAACCCCUAAAUAUCCACAUGUCACCAGAUACAUCGACAAACAUCAUGGAGCGGGGUCAGAAGCAGUUUUCGAACAGCGCUAAAAGCUGGCGGUUUGUCUUCGUGGAGUUUUUGAAGUUGACCAUUUGCCCUUCCCACGCCUUUAACAAUAAUUUUAAAAAUAAAUUUCAAAAAUAGAAGAAACUGCAAACUGAUGACUCGUAGACAAUUGUUUAAUCGUUAGUAUUCGAUCUGUGAGAAUUACAUUUUUAAACACGGUUAGAAGCAUAUGUCCUCCGACACUCCUGAAUUUCAGUCAAGUUAAAAGUGGAGCCAAACAGAGAGCAAGCACAUUUCGUUGAAAAGGGACAUUCACAUUACAUUACCAUGUUUAACCGUUUUUUCUUUGUCCAUUCGUUUCUCUCAAUUAUUGUAUUUUUGUUUUAUCUUGCUUCACUUUUCACUAUUCGGACGCUCGCAUAUAAAAAUCUUAAAAAGUCGAAAGUACAAUUUUUUAAAAUGAUGUUUUUUUUUUUUAAGAUAGCCAGCUCAAAUUUGAUGUAGGGUUUUAGUUAUCAGCAGUUUAACCGGAACACGCUACAUCCUUUUUCGUGAGACAGCCCCGUAACCUUAAGGGUUAUUUCUUAGUCCAUUCCUUUCUUUCGGUUAUUGUAUGUAUUUUUGUCUGACAAUGUCUUACAUUUGAAUGGAAUAGAAACAACAUUUUAAAAGUCCUUUGGGCGUAUCUUCAUGUCGGACCUCUUGAAAGAGUAGUAGCUUUUUUUCCAUCCCCACCAUGACAUUCCUUUGGCAUCGAUCUGACCUGGAAGGUACAGGCCAUUCAGAUUGGAAGAGUGACAAUUUUUGUACCACCAAGCGCCUCUAUAUAACGUGGCACAGUUCGACGAAUACUUGUCGUUAUCACGAUCCUUGGUACUGAAUGCCAUACCACGGUGAGGGGCAAGAGAAUCUCCGGCGGUUCCUGUAAAUUCAACCCCAAUAAAUCGUGGAUUUGUUAGAUUAUUUAGGAGAGUCCACUUUUAGCGGUCAGUCACUCUCUACCCCUAGAUUGAUUAACGCUCCCAUAUGGCUGGCACAACAGCGCAACCCAGCCAUGAGCCCCCUCGCAAAAGGCAACAAAACAGGCACCCUUCACACUAAGAAAUAGCAGUGCGAGACGGAACAACAGGAAAGGGAAGGGGGGAGAAAAAGAGAUUGGCAGGAUCAAAGCAACGCAUUUACUGCGUGAAAACUAUUACUUUAGCUACUUUAGGUAAGGAAAUAAAUUGACAACGAUAUGAUCUUACCUGAAUAACUUCCCAAACUCAACACGUACUUGGCCUUUUCGCUUGUCACGCCAAAUGAGCUGUAUUCUGCGUACGCCUUGUUUCCUUCGAAGUCUUCCAAGUCUACACGAAGCUUGUAAUCACCAUGAACAGUUAGACGAUGGAUCUUGUCUAGACCAAGCCAAAACUCACCGUUUAGAUUGCCAAAGCCAUUCUUGUACUCAUUCCAAGCUCGGUAGAAAUCUACAGACCCAUCUCGUCUUCGCUGAAACACUGUCCAACCUCCACGAUCUGUUUUCUGAUCACAGAAAACUUCAAAUUCACCCAAACCAUCAGGUUUGAUUUUGUACACACCGCUUAUUUUGAUGCCAGACUUGUAAAGGUCAGCGCAGUUCUUGUUAACUGAAAUUUGGCAAAAAUGAUCAACUAGUGAUGAGUGUUGUUUACCGAUUAUAAUGAUAACAGUGAAGACUGUUUACAGUUGUUUCGCUAUAAAUUACAUUUGACCAAAUUACUCUUUUUAGAUCCAUCAAAAUUUCAGUAAUUUCACUUAUGUAAUUGGUCAAACACAUAAUCCAAAUCAUGUGGAGGAAAACAAGACCAACUAAUUAAGUUUGUUUUCACCUUUCUCUAAUAAAAUUUGUUACUUUCGUCAAUUUUACACAGAGUAGCUAAUAAAGACUGGAUAUACAAACCCUUCGGCGGACCGGUAACGCCAGUUUCGUUUUUGUUCUCUGGCGGCGAGGAUCUGAUUUCUUCUAGCAUUUUUAUAAUUUUGGCAAGUUGUUGCUCGGUUUUGUUGCAGUUUUGUCCGCCUGCAUAGUAAUAGUUAUUCAUAUCAGACCGUUUCUCCUUCAAACCAUCGUUACUUUUCGCAGGUUUUCCCAGAGUGUGAGCUAGAGCUGUUACUAAACAAGAAAGCAUAAGAAAUUCUAUGAAGCCCUUCAUUUUGUCCAGUUGUGCGCGCAAAGUUUGUUGAAAAUACAUAAAUGAUAGCCUGCCAAAGGCUUUUAAGCCUGGAGUAUUUUACGCCCAUAGAAAUGAGAUUUUUCUCUAGGUUAUUUUAGGACCGCUUAAUCAAGGCUUAUCAGUCAGUAGAUUACACCUCUCAGUGUUAAGUGUGGACUGUGAAGAAAGGUGAUGACUGGGCAUGAAAUGAAAAAUUUAAGGGUUCCUGGAAAAAUUGAAUUUUAGUUCCACUAUUCUGAAAGAGAGAAGAUGAGGAACGGGAACGACAUACUGAAUACCGCGUCCAAACCACUAUAUAGAUGCUUCUAUAGGAACAUAUUUUAAUGUGGAAUUAAUCAGUGAAUCGCUACCUUUCAACGACGUAUAUUUCACUUCAGAUAACGAGUGGCACGCAAUGGACGUAAAAUUUAAAAAAAUCGGCGUUUUUAUGACGCCCCAAUUUUAACAGUGUAAUGAGAAAGUUGAUUUAGUUUAUCAGGUCUCAAUGCAUCCAAUUUUCCUCGUUCUAUUGAGCGCAUGUAUUUCUAGCUUAACCAGUAUAUACUUGAGGUGCAUAUAAGUAGACGAAUAUAGGGAAAGUAAUUUUUAUUGUUUCUGAAUAGUACUUGACUAUUUUUUUUCUGUUAAUCAGCAUUUGAUCAGAAAGUCUUUACUUCUCGAGAGCCUAGAACUACUUAAAAGUCCAAUAUCAUUGUUAAUGGUUUUGGAAAUCCGCCCAGAAUGGAUUGGUCUUGCUAUAAACCUUACUAUAGUAUUGCACUAAAACUGUUAAAAACAGUCUUCGACAAAUUGUAUUUGUAUAGGUAAUAGCAUGAUUUGUAGUGAUAUUUGAUAUUUGGCAUGAAUACCAAGAGUGGUGUUUCAAAACUGUUAUACGUAAUUUAACGAGCCGUUAGGCGAGUGAAACUUGAGACAAUCUUAAAAUAUCACGAGUGAUAUUUACGCCAAAUAUCACGUACAAAACAUGCUAUUAUUUGUUUACACUACCACCCGCAAAAGGUUGUAAUUUUCACAUGUAGGUAUUUCAAAUUAAGCAGAAAUACCACUGCCCUAAGCCAAUCAAAUCACAGAAAUUUCUCAUGCAGUGGUAUAAAGGGAGGAAGUACUCUGGAACGUACGCGAAAAGUUCGAGCCUACCUUUCAAGUUUUAAAAAAGAUGAAAAAGCCGAAUAGGGAUUAAUUAGGCUUGCUAAUAAACCACUCUGGGAUGCAGUCAUUUGCAACAUAGAGGUUUUCAAGCGUAUAUGCAAAUGUAAUGGCUGUACGCGUAUAUCAGUGUUGCAAAUUAGAGUGGUUUAUUAGGAAGCCUAAUUUAUUCCUAUUCGGCUUAUGACAUUUUCAUUUUCUCCUUUGUGCAUAUUUCUAUGACAACAUUAUUGUAAUUAGGUAUAAGCAGGAGCCAUGGCUCUUGGUGUAAGUGUAUUUUUAUCAUUCUUGUCAACCACAGACAAAUGUCGUGUAAAGUUUGUGUUGAGAGCUCUUUUUUAUUAUCAGUAAGCUUCACAGUACAACCGUUUUAUCACUCCUCCUGCUCUGUGUCAAUAUCUUGAAGAGAUUGUGUCUAACCGAAGACGUUCCUGCUGUUUUCCACUUUUCUGCAGUGAGAGUGCUUGAGUAUCUGAUAACAUACUAAAACCGGUAGUCAAAUGGCGAUUCCAACAAUACUGAGAAGCUAGGGUUUUCUUUUACUGAAACUUAGAUUACUGAAACGAUUUAUUCCCAGCAUUUAGACAAGAACUGGCUAGUUCCCUCUAAAACAUUCCUUUAACAAAAAACCUUGUUCCUCUUUCGUGGCGGACAGUUUUAGACCGUGUGUAGUGGGCACGAGUUUGCGCUUUAAAUACAAGGGUGUGAUGAUUAGGCCUUGUUGACCCGUAGUAAAGUCUGCAAAGUUACUUAAAUUGGCAUAUUUUAGGUGUCGCCCAUUUGACCUUUCAAGGGGGUAUGGGUGAUGGGUGAUUCGGUUUGGGUAAGAAUAAUUUUUUUCCCAACAUAAAACGGUGUAAGUUUUUAUUAACUGUUUAAAGCCGUGAAAUAUCCUCUUUUCAGUGUAGGAAUUUAUUUCGCCAGGUCUAGUAUUUCCUUGCAAGAAUUUUCCCCCGAAAUCAGUCUUCAAGAUAUUUUUUCUGAAAUCUCCCAUACCCCCCCGCCCUCCAGUUUUUGGUCAGCCCCUUUGGGGGGUUUGUCAGGCAGAAGCAUCAUGUUCCUGAAUUCUCGCUAUUUGACUUGAAACAGGUCUGCAGUCAUUGUCUUACGCAGAGUCGUUUAGGACCAAUAUUACCUUCUACCAUUGGUCACCUCUUUUACUAACCUCGAUGUGUCCUUUCUUAGGUUGAUGCAUAGGGGAGGGCGUGGAGGCCCCCCGCCCAGGCGCGGCUACCAAGGCCCCAGACAUUACCGUGGCAACAAUCAAGGAGGUGGAUUCCGAGGGGGACGGGGUGGUGGAUUCCGAGGAGGACCCCCUCGGGGAGGGUUCCGUGGAUUUCGUGGUGGACAGUUUUAGAUACAGAAACCGCUUUAAUAAGUUAAUUUGGCUGUUUUGCGUCAUGGUGCAGAAUAAACUUUACAGUAAGAGCUAGUUAAAAACGUAUGUUUUCCGCGGCCGGAGACGUAAAGAAACGUUCUAUUCAGCUUGGCUUUUCAGGAAUUUAGUUUACAUGUAAAGAAAAUUCUUUUCAGAGAAAAUAUGGUUCACAAAUUACCACUAUCCAAUUCUUUUGACUUGUAUGGUGUACAAGUGACUUGGAAGGAAAGACUCGUUGAACAAUACAUUUGUAAUUUAUACUAGGGUCUUUUGUAGUUCACUGUAUGGAGCACAGUACUUGUCCUGAAUCUUUGUAUUGAUGUAACAAUAUAGUAAAAGAUGUUUGUAGAUAGCAACACGGUUUUUAGGACGUUUUCUUUCCAUGCAACGCGCCUUAAGUACUAGCUUUGCCUUUUCUGACGAUUACAAUGAAAUGCUACAAUUCCUGUGUUUACUACUUGUCUCAAUUUUUGUGUUCGUGGAUUAAAUAGAGAAAUGAAAUAAAAAUAUUUAU